GGGUCUCUACGCCGAAGGUUGUUGGAAGGGCGGUCACGUUCCAAGACAAGUACUGGGCGAUCGACUGGCACCUCGGUAUGAAAGUCCCCUGAUGCGGGCCAUGCAUUUUCUUGCGGGAUGAGAGCGGCGGUUACUACCCAUGCGGGGGUAUCAAGUCUUACUCGUUCGAUAAGAACAUGCCUGACGAGGAGUACAUGAGAUUCCAUUUGACUACGUGUUUCGACAGCGACGGUCACAAGGUGCAUGACAACUACAAGCUCGUGUCUCUCCAAGUCGACAAGUUCCAAGGUUACGACAUCCGCGCUGCAUCAAUGUCGCCCUUCGACAAGUGGAAGAAGAAGGAUGCGUCGCAGAUGGUGAUGCUGAGGCCGUUUGAGUUCCUUAAACGCAUUAAUUGCUAUAAGGUGUCGAACCAUGUCGUGGCGAUUGACAACAAGCUGCAGUUGUCCACUCCCUUCGUGCCGUUCGAUUGUGAUCUUGAAGACUUCACGGACAUGGCGGUAGGAAAGAGUUGUGGGGAGCCGAAAAUAUCCGCCCGUAUGAACAAAAGUGGGGCCGCAUCGACACAGGCAAAGAGCGUGAGCAAAUCAUCUUCUCUACUCCGGCCGAAGGGUGUGUCUGCGACGCCGGCACCAUCACAUGCAGAAUAUGCGGCACGCUUUUCUUUCACUCCGGCUGGUGAGGCCACUGGCCAUGAGGAUGACGGCGGAAAGACAGAGGAGGACUCAGGCUCCAGGCAGUGGGACGGUGAGCGGUGGCCCGAGGACAACGACGCGAAAGACACGGAUGAGGACGACAACGAACAACGGUUCCGCGACAGUGCACACGCUGAGGAGGGAAGCUUGGACGAAGGAUGGCCUGAAGGCGAUGGUAGUGAAGGCCAAGAGGAUGGUGGUCAUGAAGGCGAUGGGAGUGGAGAAGAAGAAAUUGAGGAUGCAAGCGACGAGGAUGCGAAAGAACGGGAAGACAAUUACGAAGGGGGGAGCGAAGGAGAUGAGGGUGGGGCGGACGAUGAUGACGGCGGGGAUAAAGGGACGCAGGAAAGGUGGGAAGAGUCUUUCCGAGCCACAAGUCAUGAUGGUCCGGCAGAAGAUGACGAUGUGUUGCUUGCCACACACAGGUCUGUGUGCAAGCACAAUGGAAAAAUAAGAGCUGGGAAAGUAGAGGAAGAAAAGCGGAGACAAGCUAAGCUCAUUAGCCUGCAGGCCUCAAAGGAGGCUUACAAAAGAUCCUUGGAGGCCCAAUCCACAAGACCGUCGAAGGAAAAGCGUGAACGCACUCGAUCUUCCCAGCGACCAAAUAAGAAAGCAAAGGCCGAGGAGACAAAGGAAGUGGCCGACUCUGGGGACGAAGCGGUGGGGGUCGACCUGAGACAUACAGCCUCAAAGCCUGGAGAGUUGACCAAUGACACUAUCGACACCACGAAAUGUUUUUCCUGGAAUACGACGAGGAGGGCAAUGCGAUAGAUCGGCCCACCCAAGUUUUCGUUGACGUGGUCAAAAUACUGCCCAACCCUGCGGAAGCCGUGCAAUA